CCUCUCGGCGCUGAGUUCCCCCGCGCGACUGCCAGACACCAUGGCCGCGGAUCGGCGCUCCAAGGCCGAGACUCUGGCCCUGAGGCAGCGGCUGCUCAGCUCCUCCUGCAGACUCUUUUUUCCUGAGGAUCCUAUUAAGAUUGUCCGGGGCCAAGGGCAGUACAUGUAUGAUGAACAGGGGAAAGAAUACAUCGAUUGCAUCAACAAUGUGGCUCACGUUGGGCACUGCCACCCUCUCGUGGUCCAAGCAGCACAUGAUCAGAACCAAGAGCUCAACACCAACUGCCGAUUCCUACACGACAACAUCGUGGAUUACGCACAGAGGCUGUCCAAGACCCUGCCAGAGAAGCUCUGUGUGUUUUAUUUCCUCAAUUCUGGAUCAGAAGCCAAUGACCUGGCCCUGAGGCUGGCCCGCCGGUACACAGGACACUGGGAUGUGGUGGUAUUAGACCAUGCUUAUCACGGUCACCUGAGCUCCCUGAUCGACAUCAGUCCCUACAAGUUCCGGGACCUGGAUGGCCAAAAGGAGUGGGUCCAUGUGGCACCCCUCCCAGACACCUACCGGGGUCCCUACCAGGAGGACCACCCCAAUCCAGCUAUGGCCUAUGCCAACGAGGUGAAACGCAUGGUCAGCAGUGUGCAGGAGAAGGGCAGGAAGAUUGCCGCCUUCUUCGCUGAGUCUCUGCCCAGUGUGGGCGGGCAGAUCAUUCCCCCUGCAGGCUACUUCCCAGAAGUGGCAAAGCACAUCCGCAGGGCCGGAGGGCUCUUUGUUGCGGACGAGAUUCAAGUGGGCUUUGGCAGAGUGGGCAAGCACUUCUGGGCCUUCCAGCUGCAGGGGAACGACUUUGUCCCAGACAUUGUCACCAUGGGCAAGUCCAUUGGCAAUGGUCACCCUGUUGCCUGCGUGGCCACAACCCAAGCUGUGGCAAAAGCAUUUGAAGCCACUGGCGUCGAGUACUUCAACACGUUCGGGGGGAACCCAGUGUCCUGUGCUGUGGGCCUCGCUGUCUUGGACGUCCUGGAGAAGGAGCAGCUGCAGGCUCACGCUGCCUGUGUCGGCAGCUUCCUGAUGAAGCUCCUCGGGCAGCAGAAAGCCAAACAUCCCAUCAUCGGGGACAUCAGGGGCGCUGGGCUCUUCGUUGGUGUGGAUCUGAUUAAAGACAAGGCAACAAGAACACCAGCAACUGAAGAGGCCGCCUACUUGGUAUCCAGACAUGGAAGAAAAGGUGAAAAGUUGUGAGACGCUGAGGCUAGAGCCAGGAGGCAGCCCUGGUCCUUUAGAAGAAAUGAAGCAUCCCACCACCCAGUAAAUCCACCUCUGCUGACCCUGACCUCCAUCAAGUCAGCCCAAGCAGGGCUUGCCUGGGGCCAUGCUGCAACCCCAUCCUCUUUCAACACUGAUCACUGUUGGGAUGGGCCAGCUAUCUGUCCCCUCAGGGUCCAGAAUCAAUUAUUCUUUUGCUCAAAAAUCUGCCUUCUAUGAGUGGGUGUAGGCUGAGGAACCUUGCCAGAGCUCCUACUUCUAUAAACCAGAAAUGUAUUUUCCAAGAAAUUCCUCAACAGCUAUCUACCCCCAUUAAGGACUGCAGUGAAACAUACUGGCUUACUCCUAUAAAAAAACAGAAAACAUUUUCUCUCUUGUUGAAUUAAAAUGCUGACUACAGCCAGCCAGACACACACUAAGAUCUACUACCAGCAGAUUAACCAAAACUACCCCAUAGGCUCUCUCUGCGCCCUUUUCAUGUUAUAGCACAGCAAAGUGUACACUAAGGUUAACAACAGAUCACCAUCUUACCCCCCCCCCAAAUUAAAAAGGGUCCUACCCUGAAUCCAAAUCUUAAUUCUCAGCAGGACUGAGGCUUCCAGGAGUCUCACCCUACCUAUCCCACCUUAUCUGACUGCCACUCCUGCUCAGACAGGGUCUGCCACACCCUGCAAUGGCCCCACCCUCAACUCCCAACUGCCUCUUGGCCACCUGGUGAUCUACAUGAACUACUUUCUUCUAGAGUUCAGAGAGGAGAUACCAACCUCUCGCUCUACUCACUUCAAAGCAAAACCACCCCUUGAUUUAAACUGCCCAGGGCUGUGGGAGUUCUUUGGGAAGGAUCUCUGUCUGGAUGUGGGUUUAUUAAACAAGUACCCAAAGAAGUUGGAAAUAAAGAUGUUGUGGCAAACAGAGACAGGAAAA